GAUAAUUUGGAUUUGUGGCAUGACGUACGUAUGUAUGUAUUCUACGGGUCACUAUAGUUGCCGACGCGAAAAAAUAGGAAAUCACUUUUGAUUUAUUGCGCGUUUGAAGGAAAGCAAGGGAGAGAGAAAGUUCGUUGACUGGUCACGUUCUGGGAAAAACUUUACUGUUGGCGUUGAGAUCUCCUUACCUGGUUCAAUACAGCAGCUCAAAGGAAAAAUCUUUGGAAAGCUAGCCUCAACAAAUUUUCAUUUCUGUUACGAUAGCUGUUCCCGAACUUGCUUUAAACAACUUUAGAUGGAGCCCGGUGUUGGUAAAUAAGGAAACUCUCGGUUUCUAGCACUCCACCGUCUCACAGAUGGGUGAUCUGAAAUACCAUGACGAAGAAGAUUGUUGGUCCCUGACCUCUUCUACUGCAGCAUCUGUGAGAACCAUCAGAUCCAAACUUACCGUCCCAGUAGCCCCAUCUUUCAGAUCAGUUGAACGCUUAGCAAGACGUAAGGAGUUUUAUGAGAAGUUGGGAGAGAAACACAAAGCUUUGGAAGCAGAGAAACAAGAAUGUGCUUCCAGGACCAAGGAAGAGGAAGAAGCGGCUAUUAAGCAGCUUCGGAAGAACACGGUCUACAAAGCAAAUCCAGUCCCAAGCUUUUACAAGGAAGGACCUCCUCCAAAGGCUGAACUUAAGAAGCUGCCGGUGACUCGGGCAAAAUCACCAAACUUCACGCGAAGAAAAAGUUGUGGCGAUAUUGUGACACCCAGAGAGGAGAGGAAGGAUUCUGGCAGGUCUACCCGCCACAGCACAGGUGCUGCCUAUCGAGAACCCAACACAAAACUUUCCACCCCCAAUAAGAAGGACCAGAUAAGCGCACGGAAUAUUAAUGGCCAUAACAGAGUCAAGGCCACCUCCCAGUCAGUGAAGAAAAGUUCAACCAAAGAAAGUAGGGUGAAAGAGACGAAUGGAAGUAGUAGGGUGGAGGAAACAAGUGGAACCUCUGGCGAUGUGACAGAUCAGCCGAGAGAGGAUAUUGCAGUUCAGUUAUGAAACACGGGGCCCUGUUUUAUGUUUUAUUUUUCUUCUUCUUUUCUUUAUAAUCAGAUCAUUCAAUCAUGUAUUCAGAAAUUUUCCGGAAUUCGAUCGGAUGGUCACUGUAACUUGCUGAUUUGUUUUAUGGUCAGAACCAAACCGAAGAACUGAUGUCUUAAUCUGAGUUGUAUAUUCGUGUGAUAUGUACAUGUAAUCCUUUUGUGACGUGCUUGUGCUGCAUGAAAGACAGCCCCGCUCUGACUGUAUACUAGUGUUCCCUCCAUCCAACUUUUCAUGUGCUAUUUAGGGCAUCAACUGAAUGUUUUAUUUAUUCAUAGAUGAUCCCAUUCUGAGUUUCUAAAUAAUGUCAUACCAUCAUGUUGGAAUUUUAAUAACAAAAGGAUUUUCCUCUUCGAAU